AUGAAAAUGUCGGCCAGCGACAUGUCCCCGGUGCUGAAAGAGGGCGAGCUGGAGAAAAGGAGCGACAACCUUCUCCAGUUCUGGAAGCGGAAGACGUGCGUCCUGACCCCGGACGGCCUCAACAUGUACGCCGACGCGCACAAGCGCUCCAGGGGCAAAGAGCUGAAAUUACAGAGCAUUAAAAAAGUGGACUGCGUGGAGCGCACCGGAAAGUUCGUCUACUUCACCAUCGUCACCACCGACGACAAGGAGAUCGAUUUCCGCUGCCCCGGCGAGGACAACUCGUGCUGGAACGCCGUCAUCACCAUGGCGCUCAUCGACUAUCAGAACCGCAUGGCCAUCCGGGACUUUAAGACGCGCCAGGACGGCGAGAUCGACGGCGCUGGGAGCGAGUGCGGGUUCGAGAGACGCGCGGCCAGAGCGCCCUGA